AUGUCCGUAAACAUUACUCUUCCUCCGACCAAUCAGCUGUCAGGACCUGAAGACAGUGAAGUUGAUACUAGCUCGGAGGGAACACAGGAAGAAGAGACAUUCAGCGAUUGGGUCGACGACGAUGAUACUCCCACAAAGAGUUUAUUCGAUCAGACCAUACUUUCCAAUGCACUCAAAGCAGUAGCUUAUGAUAAAGAAAUUCAUGGAGUGGAUAUUGUCGGAUUGGGAAAUGACCUGAAGCUCGAUUUUCUCAAGAGGGUGCGACUUGUUAAUUAUGUUCGGAAAUCUCAAUCAACUCCCGCCGAGGUACUGGCGCUCAAAUCUGACAAUCCAUUGUUCGCGGACGAUAUCCAUCUGCGCCCCGUUAUCGAGGACGACCCACUAUUAUUAAUCGGUAAUGAUGAGUGGAGUGACGAUGAAGAGGAUAAACCAGGCGACAGUAAGAAGAUCACUGAGAUGGAGCAAGAAUUGGUCAAGGUUCGAGCAAGAUUCGAAGAUCUGGGACGACGUGUACCCGAACUGCUUUCCGAGUCUGAAUACCCUGAAGAGCAGGUGGCAUCCACCUCUGUUGAAGCAAUUCCUACCAAACCCCGAGAUGAUGAUACCCAUUACUUUGACAGUUAUUCUUAUAAUGAAAUCCAUGCUGUGAUGAUCCAGGAUAGCGUUCGGACUUCAUCCUAUGCUACUUUUAUUCUUUCCAACCCUCAAAUAUUCAAGGAUGCUGUUGUCAUGGAUGUUGGAUGCGGUACGGGAAUCUUGUCCAUGUUCGCAGCCCGUGCCGGUGCACGGAAGGUGUUCGCGAUUGAAGCCAGCGGAGUUGGUGUCAAGGCCGAGCAAAAUUUCAAGGAUAACGGAUAUGAGGAUAUCAUAACGCUUAUCCGAGGAAAAGUAGAAAACAUUUCUCUUCCUGAUGGCUAUACGCAUGUAGAUGUAAUUAUCAGCGAAUGGAUGGGCUAUUCUCUGCUCUACGAAUCUAUGCUCGAUUCUGUUCUUUUCGCAAGAGACAAGUUCUUGAGGGCAGGUGGUCUUAUGGCGCCUAGCCAGUGCCGUAUCAUGGCCAAUCUUGUUGAAAUCCCAAGCGUUAUCAAGGAAAAUGUCACCUUUUGGGAUAAUGUUUACGGCUUUAACAUGUCCUCGAUGGCCAAAGAAGUCUACGAUGAUGCACUCAUCGAAGUGGUCUCGGCAGAUGCAGUUCUUACCAACGAUGAACUAAUCAAAGACAUUCCCAUCCAACGCGUAACAUCCAAGAACCUUGACUUUUCUUCGCCUUUCGUUCUCACUGCUACAAGACCAGGAAAGGCUCACGCGCUUCUCUUAUAUUUCGACACCUGGUUCACAACAGAUGGUGCUGAUGUUCCGUCCGACGCCGAACCCACUAUCGCAAAGGGAGAAGGCGAUGUCAUAACAACCGACGUACUUCAGAUCAAAGCUCGCCCCGAGCUAGUCGCGCGUCGCAAGUCGAGCAUGGGUCCAAUUCGAAAGAAGAGUAUGAGCGGGGAGGAGAUCAUCAAAGAUGGAAAGGAAGUGUCUUUUUCUACUGGACCGGCAAGUAUGCCGACGCAUUGGAAGCAGACACUGUUCUUGUUUAGGAACCCAGUUGAUGUCAAAGAAGGCACGUGCAUAUCUGGGCGUUUGCACAUGCGCAAGAGCGAGGAUAACUCGCGCGAGUUGGAUGCGGAAAUUCACUUCAAAGUUCAACACCCAGAUCUACACACGAAAGAACUGACACCAGCUAAGGAGACUGUUGUGCAAUCAUACAAGAUUCGAUGA